AAACCUCAGGGGGACAAAAACAUCAUUGGAAACAACUUCUCGAUCUCUUCUUCUAGCCACCGAGAGCACAGCAGCGAGGCUCCCUGAGGGGACGACGACACGCAGAGGAGUGAGAACCUAGAGAGAGAAAAUACAUACAUACAGAUAGAAAUAUAUAUAUAUAUAUGUGUGUGUAUAUUUAGAGAGAGAGAGAGAUCCAUGGUUUAUUGAGUGCUUCUGGAUCGGUAUCGUUGUUUUCACUUCUACAAAAACCCACCAUCAUCGACGAGUCUCUCAAAUUCGGCAUUAACGUGUUUGAUGGCUGAAACCCACAUUGAAUUUAUAUCAACCUCUUUGAAUAUGGGAAUUCAACUAUGUGAAGUGGAAGUGGGAAGGUUUAUUUGAUUGGUCUGCUUGGCUUAUUUACUUAGAGAUUGAGGAGGGAGAGGGCCUGUAUGUAAAGAUGGCUGAUGCGGCUGCUCUUGUGGAGGCCACAGGAUCCAGAUUUAGUGACUUGGAGCUGAUUGGAAGGGGGUCCUUUGGUGAUGUCUAUAAAGGGUUUGAUAAUGAGCUUAACAAAGUGGUUGCUAUUAAAGUUAUUGACUUGGAAGAAUCAGAAGAUGAAAUUGAUGACAUUCAGAAGGAAAUAGCAGUUCUACAACAAUGUCGAUCAAUGUAUAUAACAGAAUACUAUGGAUCCUACCUUCACCAAACCAAACUAUGGAUAAUAAUGGAAUACAUGGCUGGUGGUUCUGUUGCUGAUCUAAUUCAACCAGGUCAGCCACUGGAUGAGAUGUCUAUAGCUUGCAUUUUACGCGACUUGCUUCAUGCCAUUGAAUAUCUCCACAACGAAGGGAAAAUCCACAGAGAUAUUAAAGCGGCAAACAUUUUGUUGACAGAGAAUGGGGAUGUUAAGGUUGCUGACUUUGGUGUUUCUGCACAAUUAACAAGGACUAUCUCAAGAAGAAAGACUUUUGUAGGAACACCAUUUUGGAUGGCUCCUGAGGUAAUUCAAAAUACAGAAGGAUACAAUGAGAAGGCUGAUAUUUGGUCUCUGGGGAUAACUGCAAUUGAAAUGGCAAAAGGAGAACCUCCACUUGCGGAUCUCCACCCAAUGAGGGUUCUUUUCAUUAUUCCUCGGGAAAAUCCUCCACAGUUGGAUGAACAUUUUUCUCGUCCUAUGAAAGAAUUUGUUUCCCUGUGUUUAAAGAAGGUUCCUUCUGAGAGGCCAAGUGCCAAGGAACUUCUAAAGCACCGUUUUAUCAGGAAUGCUAAGAAGAAUCCAAGGUUUUUGGAGAGAAUAAGAGAGCGACCUAAGUUCCAAUUAAAGGAAGAUGAAGAAACCUCUGGAAAUGGUCCUAUAGGGGAGGCAUCUGGUACCAUGAAGGUGAUAAGAGACCCAAAAGGUGAAGGAACUGUCCGAGCCAGUAGCCAGGGGAAAACCUUGAACAAUGCUGGAUGGGACUUCAGUAUUGGUGGAUCACAUAAUGCUAGUACUGGAACAGUGCGAAGUGUUGUAAAGCCGCCUCAGGCUAGAGAAAGGAAACCAGAGGUUUCACACAAACAAGGUGUUCCAAGAAAAGCACCAGAUGGUGGUAAUCAGUGGCCUUCUGCUUCUGGAAGUGUGCUUUAUGAUGAAGUUGAGAAAGAUGCUAGAGAUCAAUAUCUUGAUGAAAAAUACGAAUUUUACCAUGAAGAUGAAGAGUUAUCAAUGAGUGGAACUGGAACUGUCGUUGUACGAUCUCCUAGAGUUCAGUCAUCCUCUCUGUUUAGUGACCGAAGUAUUUUGUCUAGUAGCACAUAUGCUUCUUUUGAAGAUUCUUCCACCAGUGGCACUGUUGUCUACCGUGGACAACAUGAUUCAGAUUCUCCUCGAACUCCAAAGCCUAAACUGGGUAUCCAAGAAAGAACUUCAAGUGCAUCUGAAGACAGCACGAUGAACCUUGCUGAGGCAAAGGCUGCAAUUCAAGGAGGAUUAAGGAAAGGAAAUGCUCGGGAAAGGUCUGCACUGAGCAAGGUCAAUAGGGAUGGGCAAGAAAGUAGAAAAUCAGAACAAUCAACAAAUAGCUCUGAUUCUUCAAGACAUUCUCGUGAUUUCUUUGAUGCGCAAAAAGUAUUUCAAAGAUCACGCCAAGCAAGUGAUGAGGAAGACAAUGCCAGAGUUGUUGCAGCUUCAUUAUCGGCUCCAUUAUCAAUGUUGCUAAUCCCUUCACUAAAAGAUGCCAUUGCCGAUGAUUCAGAAGGGCCAGUCGUGCAUGCAGUGUCAAGUUCACUCAUGGAUAUGGAGUGCAUGAAGCCAGGUUCUAGUGAAGUUUUUGUCACCAGGUUGCUUCAUCGGCUUGGAAGUUCGAAGGAAUCUUCAUUGAAAGAUCUGCAGGAGCUGGCAGCUCGCAUCUUUACCAAGGGCGAGAUGGCUCCUGAACAGGCAGAGAAUACAAAUCCUGAAGUUGAUAGCAGGAAAAAGCAACCGAAUAAGGAAUUUCAUUCGAAUGCCAAUCUAAGCUCACUAGCAAAGUUCUUGCUCUCAAGAUGGCAGGGCCAAGUUUCUCGAGAUUUGAACCCGACAUAAAGAAGGUUGGGACAUUGUUUGUGUCUAUGUUUUUUUGGUGUGUUAUGUUUAUUAAUUAAUUUUGAUUGGAUGUACAUAUCAUUAUAUGAUCUUUCAAUUUUCUUAGCCCAAAGAGAACUUAUUGUUCUUCUUCUUUACUUCUUUUCCUUUUCCUUUGUAGUUGAAGCAUUGAUGUAUAAUUAGGUUGAUAUAGUCGGUGCUCUUGUAAUAUUAAUUAAUUCCUAUUAUUAAUGAUUAUCUUCUGGUUGCAACUUUUCA